UUUGGACGUUUAGAUUAACUACCGAUGUAACAUGUAGGUAGCUAAAAAGCUCUCUUUCCUCGUUUAACAUGGCAGAGACGUUGCCUACAACACGGGGAGGAUUUCUGGAUUUCAGUCCAGUAAGGAGAAACGAAGCGAAUAAGGAGAAUGAUGUUCCUGUUUUGAGUUUGAUCCAGUUUUCAAAGGCUCCUUUUGUGACUUUUGGGACUGUAAAGUUAGGGACCUCCAAAUCGGCUGUACUACGUAUUGAAAACCCCACAGAAGACGCGGAAGCGGACGUUAUUGUUGAAAAGAUUUCCUCAAGUAAAGGAUUUUCUGUGGACUACAACAGCUUCACAAUUCAGCCUGAGGACUCAUUCACUUUGACAGUAACAUGGACUCCAACAGAAGAAGGUGGAAUCAGAGAGCUCGUUGUGUUCAAUGCCAAUGGAGUCCUCAAGCAUCAGGCUGUCCUGCUAGGGAGAGCAGAGGCACCAAAAAAGAAAAAAAAAAGUUUAUGGGACACGAUCAAGAACAAAAGAGAGGGUGAGAAAGUCUCAGCACCCAGGAGGAAGAAAACAGAACAACCGCUGAAGAUGGCGGCCAAUAAAACCUUUCAGGUGUCCCGAAAGCCGCAGUACAAACGGGAGAAGCCUCGUAGCCCCCUCGCUUCUCUUAAUGAGGGAAAAAGUGUGAGAGAGCGUUCCCUUUCUAAGAACAGUCCUGUUGAUGACUGUCCUCUGAAAACAGAGGAGCAGGAGACGGUUAAAUCUGCCCAGAGGCAGCGGUCUCUGGCUUUGACCAACCAGGAGAACGUCCAUCCUCACUCUCCUCUCGUUCUGCUCGUUCCUAUGGCCAAACUGAUGGACUCGUCUGACACUUUGGUGGGCAAACCCGAAAACAAAGAUCUCACUAGGAUGCUGAACAAGACGCUGUCACCCAUUGGGACGCCAGAGAGGUUUAAGAAGCUCAUGCCUCAUAUUCAGUUUGAAAGCCCGGCUCCUCUGAAGUCUGCAGCUGAUGACAGUGCAUUAACUGGAACGCCAGUCUUGUCUUUGAAGGAUGCUCUCGCCCUCAUUGACUCUGAUCUGAGCCAUAUGAACACUAGUCCUCAAGACACCAGCUCCAGCUGUGGAUUCUCAGACUCUCUUGAGUCAAAAAGCGGAAAUAAAGAUGGCAGACCUGACUUGAAGUCAUUACCAGACAGCCCACUUGCAUCUGACUCUAACCAGCCGAGACUUACAUUCUUUGUCAGCAAAAUUGUUGAUGUUCCAGCAGCUGAUACGGCUCCAGAGAGGGUCAAAAAAGCUUCUUUUACCUCUGCUACAGUGAUCAAAAGCAAAGCACCAGGGGAAAUGUGUUCAAAUGAAAGGAAAAUAAAGAAGUCAAGGCGAAGGCUCUUGGAGAAAACUCUUGAGCUGUCAGACAGCAGCAGCCAGUCUGAGACUGGACCAGGAACUCCAAGUCUUCCUGUUAUAGAUACAGGAACCAGUGAAACGAGGGACUCUAAACUUGCAGAGUGCCCAUAUGAUGAUAGAAACCAAACCCAGAUUCUCACCUCCUCCAGCCCAGCUCCACAUCCCAACGGCUCGCCUACACCCGUCACCUUCCCCGUCACUUCUCUCCCAUCUUUGACCUCUUCCCGCUUCUCCUUCUCUGGCACCCCACCACCUGCUUCAGUCCCCGCUCCUGUUGCCUUGACCGUCACAUCUCCAUCCCCCUUGAGCUCUUCUUCUCCUCUUCACCACACCCCAGCAUCACAGCGUAACCUGUGUGAGCUGUCUCCAACUGUUUUUGCGCCACAGAGCGUCCAGGAAGACCCGUUUCCUGUUCACAUGGCAGCGAAGAGCAAGAAGAGGAAGAGCGAGGAGUUUUUGAAAAGUGACGUGAAGACUCAGGAGGUUGGAAAAUCGGAGCGUGUUAAGAGGAGCAGGGUGGUGGCUGCAAAAACUGAGUCCACAAGGUCGCUGCAGGAGAAGAGACGAGCAUCGCAAAGACAACAGCAGAGUACAGCAGGCUCGGCGCGCUCCAUUACUACAUCUUCUCUUAAAACUGUGAGGUCUGUGGUUCCUGCCCAGGUAAAACAACCAAGCUCCAAACCCACCUCCAGAGGUGCUCCGUCUCUGAAAUCCUCUGCUCCUGCAUUGAAAACUGCAAAAGUUGUUGCUGUAGCCCAGUCAAAGCUGACCUUUGUGAAAUCAGUGCAAACAGCUAUACCGAGACAUCCGAUGCCGUUUGCUGCCAAGAACAUGUUUUAUGAUGAGAGGUGGAUCGAGAAGCAGGAGAGGGGGUUCACCUGGUGGGUUAACUAUGUCCUCACCCCUGAUGACUUUAAAGUCAACACUGAAGUCAAAGUAAAUGCUGUGUCCAUUGCCAUGGGCAGUGACAACAAGUACAGCGUCCCCAAAGCCCCGACCAAAGAGGAGAUGUCGUUCAGCACCUACACGGCUCGGCGAAAGCUAAACCGCCUCCGACGUUCUGCCUGCCAGCUGUUCACAUCGGAGGCAAUGGUCAAAGCGAUCCAGAGGCUGGAGGUGGAAGUAGAGGCCAAGAGGCUGCUGGUCCGGAAGGACCGACAUCUAUGGAAAGACAUAGGGGAACGAAAAAAAGUCCUCAACUGGCUUCUUUCCUACAACCCGCUCUGGUUACGGAUUGGACUCGAGACAAUCUAUGGAGAGUUGAUCUCACUGGAGAGCAACAGCGACGCUGUGGGUCUGGCGAUGUUCAUCCUCCAGCGGCUGCUGUGGAAUCCGGACAUCGCCGCAGAAUUCAGACACGCCAAAGUGCCUCACCUUUACAAAGAUGGCCACGAGGAGGCGCUGUCUCGCUUCACUCUGAAGAAGCUGCUCCUGCUGGUGUGUUUCCUUGACAAAGCCAAAGAGUCCCGGCUGAUUGAACACAACCCAUGUCUGUUCUGUCUAGAUGCAGAGUUCAAGACCAGUAAAGACCUUCUCCUGGCCUUCUCCAGGGACUUCCUGAGCGGAGAAGGGAUCCUCCCCCGGCACCUCGGCUACCUCGGGCUGCCUGUCUCCCAUGUUCAGAUGCCUCUGGAUGAGUUCAACUUCGCUGUGAAGAAUCUGGCUGUUGACUUGAGAUGCGGUAUUCGUCUUGUGCGUGUGAUGGAGCUCCUUGUGCAGGACUGGAGUCUGUCGUCCAAACUCCGUCUGCCGGCCAUCAGCCGCCUUCAGAAAGUCCACAACGUUGACUUGGCCCUGCAAGUGCUCAAAAGCAAAGGGGUUGACUUAAAGGAUGAACACGGGGCUGUCAUUGAUGCCAGAGAUGUUGUGGAUGGACACAGAGAGAAAACGCUGAGCCUCCUGUGGAAAAUCAUCUUCGCAUUUCAUGUUGAGGUGAUUUUGAACGAGGAUCAGCUGAGGGAGGAAAUCGGCUUCCUGAAGAGAAGCUUCAGGACCAAACUAAGGCUGGCGUCCCUUAAAGCGGACCGAGGCCUUAAGCUGAGUCCUGCAGAGACCCGGGUUGCAUUCGACCACAGCAACAUGAAGAUCUGUCUGCUGAUGGAGUGGGUCAGAGCAGUGUGUGAUUUCUACAGUCUGAACGUGGAGAACUUCACCGUGGCGUUCUCAGAUGGCCGUGUCCUCUGCUACCUCAUCCACCACUACCACCCCGGCCUCCUGCCCGAGCAGUCCAUUGGUCACAGCACCACUCAAACUGUCGAGUGCUCAUCGAGGGGACAACUGGAGCUCGACUGCUCUGCCAGCGACUCCGAUAACUCCUUUGACUACCUAACAGGCCCGAACGGUCCAGACUCUCCAUCAGAAUUCAAAGAGCUGCUGGAAAAUGAGAAGAAUAACUUCAGGCUGGUCAACAUGGCCGUUUCUUUCCUUGGCGGUGUCCCUGCCAUGAUCAACCCAGCCGACAUGUCCAACACCAUCCCCAAUGAGAAGGUGGUCAUGUCUUACCUGUCCUUCCUGUGUGCUCGUCUUCUCGACCUGAGGAACGAAACCAGAGCGGCUCGGGUGAUCCAGGGUGCCUGGAGGAAAUACAAACUGAAGAAAGAUCUGCAGCUCUAUAAGGAGAGAAACAUGGCUGCUCUGAAAAUCCAGUCCCUUGUGAGGAGUUUCCUCCAGAGACGAAGAGCUCAGAGACAGAGUCGAGCAGCUGUUAUCAUCCAGUCGCUGUGGAGAGGUCAUGCUGCCCGACACAGGAUGAGGCUGGAAAAAGAGGCUCGGCUUCGGGCUCUGAGACAUAAAGCAGCUACUGUCAUCCAGACUCAGUGGAAGAUGUUUUCAGCCAUGAGGGCUUACCAGCGCCUCAGAUACCACACCAUUAUUCUUCAAGCACAGUGGCGAAUGAGGAGUGCAGCCUCUACUUAUAGAAAAAUCUACUGGGCAGCAACAGUCAUUCAGAAGCACUCACGAGCUUGGGCUACUGGUAGGAAAGAUCGGGAAUAUUACCUCUCCCUCAGAGCAGCAGCUGUGAAAAUCCAAAGAGGAUACUGGAGAUGGAAACUCAAGAAGACAGCAAAGGAAAAUCAUGCUGCAAGAGUGAUACAAAAUGUGUUUAAGAGCUGGUACAAAAAGAAAAUGGCAGAGAAAAACGCUGCUGCUCUGAGAAUUCAGUCUUGGUACCGAAUGCAGACAUGUCUUCAUCAGUUUAGAAAGAUGAAGACAAGUGUCAUGCUCAUUCAAGCCCAAUACAGAGGCCAUGCACAGAGACGCUGCUUUGAGAAGUUGAAGCUGCAGCACCGCUCUGCCACCGUCAUUCAGAGUGCGUUCAGGGGGCACGCUGUAAGGAAGCAGGUGGCAAGGAUGAAAUGUGCUGCUGUCCUAAUCCAGUGUUGGUUUAGGGCCUCGGUGCAACGAGACAUGGAGAGGCAAAUGUUUGUGAGGAUGAAAUGUGCCGCCAUCACCAUACAGGCAGCCUAUCGUGGGAAAGUGGCUCGAGACUCUCUGAAAAAACAGCACAAGGCAGCGACAAGGAUCCAAGCAGCUUUUAGGAAAUAUGCUGCCCAAAGGCGCUACCUCUGCUUCAGGAGAGCUGCAUGUGUGAUACAACAAAAGUACAGAGCCACGGUCUUGGCUCGUGAGACAAAGAAGGAUUACGACGCUCUGAGGCAUGCCUCGGUCACUUUACAAGCUAACUGGAGAGGCAGAGCUGACAGGAAGAGGAUUGAGAAGUGGCAUCGCUGUGCAACGCUGAUACAAGCUUGCUACCAUCGGCACAAAGCUCAAACAGAGCACAGGUCCAAGAAGGCAGCUGCUGUCGUCAUACAGCGUCACUACAGAGCUUAUGUGACUGGAAGAGAGACAAGGAAAGACUACCUGUGUGUGAGGGCAGCCUGUGUUACUCUACAAGCAGGGUUUAGAGGCAUGAGGGUAAGGACGAAGAUGAGGGAAAAACACCAAGCAGCGACUGUUAUUCAGACUUCAGUCAGGAUGUUUCUGUGUAGGAAGCAAUACGUACUCCUACAGAGUGCAACGAUAAUCAUCCAAAGUCGAUACAGAGCACUUUUGGCAUGCAGAGCUCAGCAAAAUGACUACAGAAACAUAAAGCAAGCUACUUUAAAGAUACAAACAGUCUAUCGGGGUUACAGAGUAAGGCAAGACCUGAAGAGGAGGAACAAUGCUGCCCGAACAAUCCAAGCUCAAUUCAGGAUGCACAAAACGCGAAUGGCUUACCUCGCCACAAAAUGUGCUGCCAUCAUUAUUCAAGAGCGCUUUAGGGCCAAACUGCUCAGGGAUCAACACAUGCAGAGGUUCAGAGCAAUGAAGUCUGCAGCUGUAGUCAUUCAAGCUGCAUAUCGAGGCCACACAGCCAGGAGGAAGCUUGCAGAGAUGCACAGAGCGGCUACAAUUAUCCAGAGAAAGUUUUUCACCAUUCUGGAAAGGAGAAGGUUCGUAGCCAUCGAGGCAGCAGCUCGGGUCUGUCAGCGCAGGUACAGAGCAGCGGCCCUGGCGAGGAAAACUCGUUUGGAGUAUCUGUCAAAGAAAAGGGCAGCUGUUUGUCUGCAAGCAGUGUUCAAAGGAUGGCAAGUCAGAAAGCAGCUGCGUAUCAAGCAUGAAGCAGCUGUGAUAAUCCAGUCUCACUUUAGAAAGUACAAGCAAAGGGCCUAUUACAGGAGGCUACACUGGGCUGCAAAUGUGCUGCAAGCACGUUACAGAGCAAACAGGAACAUGAGAGUGGAGGUACAAGCUCUGAAUGCAAAGAAACACGCUGUAGUUGUCUUACAGGCAGCAUACCGUGGCAUGAAAUCCAGACAAAUCAUGAAACAAGAGCAUCAGGCUGCUGGUGUCAUCCAGAGAGCUUACAGAGCACACUGCGAGCACAAAAAGUAUGUCACCUUAAAAUCCUCUGUCCUCACUAUCCAGCGGAAAUAUCGGGCUACUGUAGCAGCAAGAGAGCAGAUGCAAAGAUACCAAAACAUGCGCAGAGCUGCUGUCAUUCUACAGACAGCUUUAAGAGGACAGAAGGUCAGAAAAGAAGUGGCUCGCUGGCAUCAGGCUGCAACUGUGAUCCAGUCUGUGUUCAGAAAACACAAAGAGGAGGUCAAAUACAAAGCAAUGCGCCUGUCUGCCAUCAUCAUCCAGAGGUACUAUCGAGCUUGCAUGCUUCAAAGAAGAGAGAGGGAGAACUUUGUGAUGAUUAAACAGUCAGCCAUCAUUCUUCAAGCUGCUUUCAGAGGUUAUCGUGUGCGAUGCAGCAUUGCUAAGAUGCACAGAGCAGCUACUGUCAUUCAAGCAAACUUCAGGAGACACAAACACCAAUCAGACUUCAGGAGACAACGCUGGGCAGCCUGUGUCUUACAGCAGAGAUUCCGAGCUCAGAGUUGUAAAAAUGCUGAAAUGAAACAAUAUAAAGAGGUCAGGAAGGCUGUGAUUGUGCUGCAAUCAGCAUAUCGUGGAAUGAAGUCCAGACAAAUCAUCAAACGGCAACAUUUUUCUGCCGGUGUUAUCCAGAGAGCUUUCAGAGCACAUUGUGAACAUAAGCACUAUAUUACCUUAAAGUUGUCAGCUCUCACCAUUCAGCGGAGAUAUCGUGCAACUGUUGCAGCCAGAGCACAAAGAAGCCAAUACCUGGGAAUGCGCAGAGCAGCCGUUACUAUCCAGGCAGCUUUUAGAGGACAUCAGGUUAGGAAGGAAGUGGCUCAUUGGCAUCAGGCUGCAACUGUGAUCCAGUCUGUGUUCAGAAAACACAAAGAGGAGGUCAAAUAUAAGGCCAUGCGCCUGUCUGCAAUAAUCAUCCAAAGAUAUUAUCGAGCCUGUAUUCUACAGAGAAAAGAGAGGGAGAACUUUAAAAAAAUUCGACAAUCUGCCAUCAUUCUUCAGGCAGCUCUCAGAGGUUAUCAUGUGCGAUGCAGCAUUGCUAAGAUGCACAGAGCAGCUACUGUCAUUCAAGCAAACUUCAGGAGACACAAACACCAAUCACGCUUUAGGAGACAACGCUGGGCAGCCUGUGUCUUGCAGCAGAGAUUCCGAGCUCAGAGAUGUAAAAAUGCUGAAAUGAAACAAUAUCACAAUAUCAGGAGGGCCGUGAUUGUGCUGCAAUCGGCAUAUCGUGGAAUGAAGUCCAGACAAAUGAUCAUUCAAAAGCAUCAGGCUGCUGGUGUUAUUCAGAGAGCUUUCAGAGCACAUUGCGAAUACAAGCACUAUCAGACCCUUAAGUCGUCAGCCCUCACCAUCCAGCGGAGGUAUCGUGCAACUGUUGCAGCCAGAGCACAAAGAAGCCAAUACCUGGAAAUGCACAGAGCAGCCCUCACCAUCCAGGCAGUUUUCAGAGGACGGCAGGUCAGAAAAGAAGUGGCUCAUUGGCAUCAGGCUGCAACUGUGAUCCAGUCUGUGUUCAGAAAACACAAAGAGGAGGUCAAAUAUAAGGCCAUGUGCCUGUCUGCCAUCAUCAUCCAGAGGUACUAUCGAGCCUGUGUUCUUCAAAGAACAGAGAGAGAGAACUUUCUUAAGAUAAGCCGUUCAGCUAUCGUGCUUCAAGCUGCUGUCCGAGGUUAUCGUGUGCGAUGCAGGAUUGCUAAGAUGCACAGAGCAGCUACUGUCAUUCAGGCAAACUUCAGGAGACAUAAACACCAAUCAGACUUCAGAAGAUGGCGCUGGGCAGCCUGUGUCUUACAGCAGAGGUUUAGAGCUCAGAGAUGUAAAAAUGCUGAAAUGAAACAAUAUAAAGAGGUCAGGAAAGCUGUAAUUGUGCUGCAGUCGGCAUAUCGUGGAAUGAAGUCCAGGAAAAUUAUCAAGAAAAAGCAUCAGGCUGCUGGUGUAAUUCAGAGAGCUUUCAGAGCGCACUGUGCGCACAAGAAGUAUCUGACCCUGAAGUCUUCUGUCAUGACAAUCCAGCAAAAAUAUCGUGCAACAGUAGCAGCAAGAGAGCAAAUGCAACGAUACCAAAACAUGCGCAGAGCUGCUGUCAUUCUACAGGCAGUUUUCAGAGGCCAGCAGGUCAGAAAAGAAGUGGCUCAAUGGCAUCAGGCUGCAACUGUGAUCCAGUCUGUGUUCAGAAAACACAAAGAGGAGGUCAAAUACAAAGCAAUGCGCCUGUCUGCUAUCAUCAUCCAAAGACACUAUCGAGCCUGUAUUCUACAGAGAAAAGAAAGGAGAAACUAUGAAGAGAUGAAACAGUCAGCCAUCAUUCUUCAGGCUGCUUUCAGAGGUUAUCGUGUGCGAUGCAGCAUUGCUAAGAUGCACAGAGCAGCUACUGUCAUUCAAGCAAACUUCAGGAGACACAAACACCAAUCAGACUUCAGGAGACAACGCUGGGCAGCCUGUGUCUUACAGCAGAGAUUCCGAGCUCAGAGUUGUAAAAAUGCUGAAAUGAAACAAUAUAAAGAGGUCAGGAAGGCUGUGAUUGUGCUGCAAUCAGCAUAUCGUGGAAUGAAAUCAAGACAAAUCAUCAAACAGCAACAUUUUUCUGCUGGUGUUAUCCAGAGAGCUUACAGAGCACACUGUGAACACAAGCACUAUCAGACACUUAAGUCCUCCGUCCUUACCAUCCAGAGGAGAUACCGGGCUACUAUAGCAGCAAGAGAUCAGACUCAAAAGUACCAAAACAUGCGUAGAGCUGCUGUUGUCCUACAGGCAGCCUUUAGAGGACAGCAGGUCAGGAAGGACGUGGCCCGUUGGCAUCGAUCUGCGACUGUCAUACAGUCGAUGUUCAGAAAACACAGAGAGGAAGUCAAAUUCAAGGCCAUGCGCUUGUCUGCAAUUAUCAUCCAAAGAUAUUAUCGAGCAUAUAUUCUGCAAAUACAUGAGAGACAAAACUUUCUUAGGAUCAGACAUUCUACCAUCGUCCUUCAGGCAGGGUUUAAAGGCUGGCGUGUCAGGAGGGACAUUAACAGGCAGAAACAGGCCGCUGUUGUUAUCCAGUCAUGUUGGAGAUGCUUCGUGCAGAUACGUGACUUCAGAAGGAAGCGGGAGGCGGCAGUGAUUCUCCAGCGAAGGGUUCGGGCGCUGCAGCUCGGCAGGUUGGAGAGAAACAACUACGCAAGAGUGAGACAAGCUGUUGUCACACUUCAGACUCACUGCAGAGCCUGGAUCGCCAGACGACAGUUGUUGGAGGAAGCCAAAGCAAAGAGGAGGCUUCGGUUUGCAUCAGCCGUCUUCCACCAUCUCAAUGCCAUAAAGAUCCAGAGAGCUCUGAGGGCUCACUGGGCUCUAGAGCUGGCCAAAAGACAAAUCCACUCUGUUGUCACUAUACAGCUAUGGGUGAGAGCGAAGCAGCAGAGGAGGCGGUAUCUGGAGGACAGAAGGAAGGUGGUCACAGCCCAGAGAGCUGCCAGACGCUGGUUAGCUCGACGUCACAAAGCCGCGUCCACCAUCCAGCACGCCGUGCGCAGAUUCCUCCUUCAAAGGAGGCAGAAGAGGAUUCAGCAGGGCAUUGUCAAAGCUCAGGCUCUUUGGAGAGGACACCGCUCCCGCUGCCUGAAUGACAACCCCAAGGUGGUGACUUUAAGACAUCGUCUACGUAAAGUGUCAGCCGAAGUCCAAGAGGAGGACAAGCUGUGCAACAAGACGUCAUCUGCCCUGGACUACCUCCUCCGAUACAAACACUUCUCCUACAUCCUAGAGGCCCUGAAAAACCUCGAAACCGCCACCAGACUGUCUCCAGAGUGCUGUGAGCGGCUGGUCGAGAGUGGAGCGACAAAUGUCAUCUUUACUCUCAUCCGCUGCUGCAACAGGAGCGUCCCCUGCAUGGACGUCAUCACUUACUCCAUCCAGAUCCUCCUCAACCUCUCCAAGUAUCACAAGACCAUUGAGGCUGUAUAUUCAGUGGAAAACUCUGUGGAGACUCUUCUGGACCUGCUGCAGAGAUACCGGGAGAAGGCGGGCGAUAAAGUGGCUGAAAAGGGUGGAAGCAUCUUCACCAAAGCCUGCUUCCUCCUCGCUCUGCUCCUGCAAGACAAACACCGUGCUGUGGAGGUUAUGAAGCUUCCUAAAGUGUUGGACAGGAUCCGCAGCAUCUACCGCCUCACUGCUCGCAAACACAAGAUGGACGCAGAAAGGACGGUCAUCAAACAGAAGAUGAACGCAUCAAUCAACGGGAGCUUCUUCGUCCCAGCCACGCCUCGUAAAGCCAACUCAGCACCAAAAUUUGCACCAGACUGGGUUCUCAGAAAGGACAAGCUCAAAGACAUCGUGGACCCACUCAGGGCCAUUCAGAUGGUGGCAAACACUCUGUCUAUAGUGUUGUAAAUAUUUAAGCUUUUAAAUCUUGAAUCUUUUCUUUUUUUUACCUGUAGAAAAUAUAGUUUUAUGGAUUGUUUCAGUGGUUUUUUUAACCAAGACAUUUCCAUGUCUUUCCUGUACAUAUUAAAAUGGAUUUGUUUCAUAAACAUGGAUGAUGUUUGUUUUGUGUGCUUACAAAGUUUCCUCUGCUUAAAAUGAGGCUAUGUGUAAAUUUAAUUGAUAGUAACUGAUAAGAUAAUAAAUUACUUUACAGUUACCUGGCUAUUUUUGAUUAUAGUUGCAAGACUUCCAGUAUUGAGUACUUGAUCAAAGAAAAUUAAAAGCCAAUGACUUUACUGAUAAAGUUGAGGAGCAGUGCAGACUAGAUUUGUGUUAAUGG